GCUCCAACAAGAAAAGCAGCCUCACGGGCUACCUGCCCGACAUCCUCAUGGCUGCAGCAGCACCCUUGAUAGCCUACUUCGUAAUCCGCAACCUGCUCUCGCGCCUUGACCCCGAAGCCCAACAGAAGGAAGAAGCACGCGCCAAAGCCUCGGCCGCGAAUCGCAAACUCGACGCUAUACUUACGAGCAAAAGGAGAAAGAGCUAUGGCGAGUACGACAGUGAGGACGAAGAAACGGAGAGGGGGAGUAGGAGGCCGAGGAUACAGGACUUGAACUUGAGCACGUACGAGCAGACAAUCGCUAUGGAGGUUGUUGCGCCCGAGGAAAUUCCUGUCAGCUUUGACGAUAUCGGUGGCCUCGACUCGAUCAUCGAAGAACUCAAAGAAUCCGUAAUCUACCCCCUCACAAUGCCGCAUCUCUACUCGCACUCCUCCUCGCUUCUCAGCGCACCCUCUGGCGUUCUCCUCUACGGCCCUCCUGGUUGCGGAAAGACGAUGCUCGCAAAAGCGCUUGCGCACGAGUCUGGCGCAUGCUUCAUCAAUCUCCACAUCUCCACGCUCACUGAGAAAUGGUACGGCGACAGCAACAAGCUCGUCAACGCGGUGUUCAGUCUGGCGAGAAAAUUACAGCCGAGUAUCGUCUUUAUCGAUGAGAUUGAUGCAGUACUUGGACAGAGGAGAAGUGGCGAGCACGAGGCCAGCGGAAUGGUGAAGGCUGAGUUCAUGACACACUGGGAUGGCCUCGCGUCCUCCACAUCCUCUGGUAGCUCAACUCCCCAACGGAUAUGCAUUCUUGGCGCCACGAACCGCAUCCAGGAUAUCGACGAGGCGAUCCUCCGGCGCAUGCCCAAGAAAUUCCCCGUCGCCCUCCCCAACGCCUCUCAACGAAACAACAUCUUCUCCCUGAUUCUGCGCGGCACCAAAGUCGAUAGCAAGAACUUCGAUUUGGACUACUUGGUCAGGGUCAGCGCAGGAAUGUCAGGCUCAGAUAUCAAAGAGGCGUGCAGGGACGCAGCCAUGGGCCCAGUGCGAGAAUACAUUAGGAGAAAGAAGGCAGAUGGCACGCUGAGGAGCAGUAGAGGCGUUGCGCAGGGCGAUGUUCGCGGACUACGAACCGAGGAUUUCUUUGGGAGAGGCAAGGGCUUGAGGGAGCUGGACACGGUUGAUGACACACGCGAGGACAUGAACGCACGAGUACGGAACAGAGUACAUACUACAUCCGAGUCUGAAGGCGCAAGUAGCAGCGACAGUACCGCCAGCGGUGAGGAACGCUUCCGCGACUCAGCCUACCAGGAUGCUGCUGAAGGUGCGGCGGUAAGAUAGCAGGACACCGACGCCCGAUGACGACCAAGAUGGAUGAGCAGGCGGUAAUCCCCAUCUGGAUGGCGAUACUUACUUGUAUUUGUUCGAAGAAAGACGUAUGAAAGCUGCAUUUUGGGUAUAUAUGGGUGGCGUAACGCAAGUAGGACUCACCUCAACAACGGCGUAUGGUUUUAAACUACGGGCAGCUAGACGCUAAGAAAGAGGUUGAUGAUACCAAG